CUUCCGGGACGCUGUCGUUUGGUUGUCGGCUCUCGGACCCGUACGGCCGGUGCUGCAUGCUGGAAGGCAGCAGGCGUGCACUGCUGGAGCCCUCGCGGGGCGCUCCGGGCCCCCACUAGCCAUGGGCAUGGCAGUCAAGCUUAAAGGCCCCAUCCGGGUGGGAUUCUACGACAUCGAGCGCACCAUCGGCAAGGGCAACUUCGCCGUCGUCAAGUUGGCCAGACAUCGCAUCACCAAGACCGAGGUCGCCAUCAAGAUUAUUGACAAGACGCAAUUGGAUGCAGCCAGCCUGGAGAAGGUGUUCCGUGAGGUGCGCAUCAUGAAGAUGCUCAGCCACCCGCACAUUGUGAAGCUGUAUCAGGUGAUGGAGACAAAGAAUAUGCUGUACCUGGUAUCGGAGUAUGCCAGCCAAGGCGAGGUUUUUGAGUUCAUCUCGCGGCAUGGUCGUAUGCCUGAACCAAUGGCGCGGCGGAAAUUCUGGCAGGUUCUGCUGGCAGUUGAGUAUUGUCACAGCCAGCACGUCGUCCAUCGGGAUCUUAAGGCAGAAAACUUGUUGCUUGACUCACACAUGAAUGUCAAGCUGGCCGAUUUCGGCUUCAGCAACUUCUACUCACCGACGGGCUACCUGACGACGUGGUGUGGCAGUCCACCAUAUGCGGCUCCCGAGGUCUUUGAGGGAAAACGAUAUGUGGGCCCCGAGGUUGAUGUCUGGAGCCUGGGUGUGGUGUUGUACGUGCUGGUGUGUGGAGCACUCCCCUUUGACGGCAGCAGCCUGCAGGUGCUGCGCAGUCGCGUGCUGUCCGGGCGUUUCCGCAUACCGUUCUUCAUGUCUACUGAGUGUGAGCAUCUAAUCCGCAAGAUGCUGGUGCUGGAUCCAAGUCGACGGCUGACGGUGGAGCAGGUGAAGCGACACCGGUGGCUGCAGCCAGCAGGCAUGCACGCUCCAGCCACACCUGCAGCUCCGUCCGAUCGUGAGGCUGCUCGUCGAGGGAUCCUGGAUGAUGGGGUCCUUCGCCUCAUGCAGAGCCUUGGUAUUGAUCCAGCCCGCACUCAACAGUCACUGGUGCAGGAGCGCUUUGACCACCACUCGGCCAUCUACUUUUUGCUCCUGGAGAGGGCACGGCGGCUCGCAGGCGCCGCCAUGGCUGCAGGUGACGCCAGCCGGCGGCCCAGCACAGUGGCUGAGCAGACGCUACGCCACGAGCCCGCAGCUGCCGUGCUGCACAUGCAGGCCGCACUGGCCGCUCACCCAACGAUCGACAGUGUGCGCGGACAUGCCUUCUGCCAGACGACAGAUGGCAACCUGGCCACAUGUCGGGUACCGGCUGCGACGCUGCUCAAAGGCUGGCACACUGCCGCACCACCAGCCACAGGCUCCAUCGAUGAAGGUGUUGAGGAAGACCUGGACCCGCCUGGCACACCACCCCGGCCUGAGCACAGGGACAGCCCACCACUGUGCAGCCUUACUCAGAUGCUGAGCCUGUCGGAUGCCCCACCAUGCACACCACCUCUGCCAGCCUGCCUCGAGCCAUGUCGUGGCGCCGAGGGGCCGCACCGGUCGGCAGGCGACUUCCGUGAAGGCCGCCGUGCCUCGGACGGCCUGGUGACAUCACCAGCAGGGCCUGUGGCAUCUGUUGUUGCCACCACGACGCUGAUGGGCAGCGGGCCCCGUGAUGAGCUGUUUGGCAGUGACCGGCGGCUGCCACCGCCACCUCCUGAGGUGCUUCCCCUGACGCUGUGGAGCCAGAGCAAGCCCCUGCAGCGGCGGCCCCGCUGGGCACGAGCUUGGCGUCCCACCCCACCACGGCCACCACUGGCAGCCUGCGGCGGUGGUUCACUGGGUGAUGUGCCGUGCCCGUGGACGGGCCGUGCCUGGGAGGCAAGCGGCCGUGCUGCCAACCCAUCUAGUCAUCUGUACGGUGCAGGCGACCAUGCCACUGCGAGCCACCACGCCUCCUGGGACCCCAGCCUGGAGCAGAUGGACACGCUGUGAACUGUGGCCAUGUGUGCGUGCAUUCUUCUCCUCUUCAGAAGAGCCAGCGAGGAACUCUUGGGUUAUCGUUCACUCGGUUUCAUUAGUGGUUACCACUCCACUCUAGGCUUUGCAUGAAUUUGUUCAGGCACUGUCUUACACCCAACUCGCUGGCGCAGCUUUCUCUUCAUAUUUUCAGCAAUUUUAUGUUGCAUUGCAUGCAUAUGCAGGAACUCUUCUGUUGUGAAUUGGAUCUUCAGCAGUGGCUUGAAGAGUCCCUGCUGUCAUGCUACGGAUUUCUUCUGUCCUGCAUACCUCAGUUGCAGACGUGUCGCAGAGGACCAGAUGCUCUUGCAGCUUCCACUCUUCUGAAUCAUUGACUACCCACGAAACUGUUUUUAGUUUCUUCGCCACUGCCAUGGAGGCUCCCACGCAUCAGCAUGUUAUGUCUGGCCAUAGCUUGCAGACUGCUUGCUAAGCGUGCACUGUCCAGCCCUGCGUCCACUAUGCAAUUGUUUAGUGCUGGUAACCUGAGUGCUCCCACAGCAGUGCAGAUCACUUUCCACUGCUGCCAAAACUACAAAAACUACCAAAUUGCGCUUGUCCUCUGAGGCAGCAUCUAGCAGUAGUAGCAACAACCGCUUGCCUCCACCCACUUGUAAUUUGUCUGUGCUGGUUUGAAGGAGUACACUAGGAUUGUGCAACGGCCAGAAGUGUCCUUUAGCCUAAAUGGAGAUUGACAUUGCAGACAUUGUGGUCGCUCACACAUUUCCUACUCUCUUUUGGGCAAGGGUGUUUUCCUGUGUUUCUGGCUCUGGAUAGUGUGUCAGUUUUUAAGCAUUUCAUGGCCAAUAGGGUGCACAAAUAGUGGUGGUGAUGUCUGUUGUCUGUGCCACCUUGUGAUAUGCGGCAUACUACUAGUAGUGGUUGUGGUGGCAUAUCUUAGCACCAAGAUAGCCUAGUGGUGAUUGCCAACACUGUGUAAUUUCAGGAGAAUGAGCUUCAGAACAAGAAGCUCAAUUCAUGCUGUUUUGUCACCUUUGUUGGGCCUCUUCCUGAAAACUUUUGUAUACAGCUGGCAGCUCUCACCUUACACAGAUUUACACGCUGAAUACCCUUAAUCAUGCUUGUCACUAGCAUUGUAGCAUGCAAAGCAGUUGCCUCACAGAUUAGAAAAUUUGUUCAAGACAUGUCAUGGGCAGCAAGGUGCAAACAUCAGCUUUUUGAGGCAAGGUUUGACAUUUGCGGUUGACAGCUUCGAACUGUACUUCUAAAUCUGUGCUAUCCAUAACUGGAUGCAUCAGCUUUUCGUCACCUUGCACCUUGAAUGGUGAGAACAAGCUCAUAUUCAAAAGCAUUCAUUACAGGGUUGAAAUACUUUGACUGGUUUUAAAAUCUAGGCAAAAGUUUCAAUUAUGAUUUUGUCAGUAGCAGCAUUUUGCCUAGAUGGGUUUAGACAAAGACACCAAACUGAAAAGACAGCUGGUUAGCUUAGCUGUGUAAGCAUAACUGGAAAAUGAUGGAAAGAAAAAUAUUGCUCUUUGAAUCUCCAUACUCUGGAUAAUUUCUUUUUGGGCUCUAUGGUCAUGGGUAAUUUUGCAUGCAACAUUGCGUUGCGCUAUUGCCGUCACCAUGUUUUUCAUUCUUUCUUUGAAGACGGCCCUGUUUCUGAACACUAGGCAGCGGCUGGUUCAGGUUGAAAGCAGGUGAGUGUAAACAAUGCCAUCACAUGACGGUCUAGUCAGCUCUUGUGUAUGCAUUGGUUAAUAGUUUGUGCAUGAGGGCCGUGGUCAUGUGGUUAGUGUGUUCUCUUGCAUUAUAAUAUGCAGCCACUUUGAUGUGCUGAGGCGCUGUGUGACUGUAAGACAAAGUGGGGAGAGCGUAGGUGCUGCACUGUCAAAGGAGCAUACUGCAAGGCAGGAAAGUUGACAUUUUGAAAACAUUCCGCUGCACUUUAGUGGUAGAGUGUGCUGUUGUGUUGCGGCACUUGACAGGUUGCCUAAUCUUGUCCCUUUGCAGGCCAUGUUUGCGUCAAGUGAGCUCGCAAAACUGUCACAUAGCAUUAAUGCUGUGUGUGAAUGUUACCUGCUCCCCCAAACCGGCCAUGCCUUACUGAAUAUGCUGUUGACUCGCUGGUUUAGCAUUCAGUGGCACGGCCCCGGGUAAAUGUGCAUGUGUUUACCAGCAUACUCCACCUAAUUGCCAAUUUGACUCACUUGUUGGCAUUAUAUUUGAAGAUACACAUAAAAGAAUAUGUGCUGGCAAAUAUUGUCAUGUAUCUGCCUUCAUUUUGUUCAACUGGCUGGCAUUGUUUGUGUUGUUUUUGUCAUGUAAAUUUGUGUAAUUGUUUGUUUAGCCAGUGAUUAGCGAAUAGGAAAUUUUUUCAGUAUAAGCAAGUGUUUGUAUAUGUAAGCAUUGAUAUGUAACUGGGUUAAACAUGGUCCAUUAGGUACAUUUUGUCUGCACUCAGGGGCACAAUUUGUAGAGAGCAGGGCAUUGACCAUCUUCAAAUGAAGAGUAAUGUUUUUUUUUUUUUUUUUUUUUUUAAUGUAGCGUCAGGGCACCAGAAUCUGAUGGGUAUCUGUGGUGCCUGGUAGGCAUACUAACAGUGACUACAUAGCCUUUUGUCUAAGCCGACUUCAUUCUAUUUGCGAUGCCUUAGUAUGCCUUUUAAUCCAUUGCCCCUGAGAGUGGAUAUAGUACAUAUUUAGCAGGGCCAGUAUGUGUUGCGGCUUCUCUAUGCUAGUCAUGACAUUGUCAGAUACUGAAUAAGCAACAAUAAAAUUCUUUGGAGAGGAGCCCUAGGCUUUUGAACUUGCCUGGUUUACUGGAAAAAGCACUAAUAGGCACAAGGUAGCCCUGCCUGCUUUUCAAAAUCUGACUGUGUAAGUACGAAUGUGGGAGUUGAAGUCUCACUUGAGGCACUAGUCACAUGUCAGCAGCACAGAUGUGUUGUGCACUCUAUUUUGGCCGCACUAGAAUGUUGCAGUGAUUUCUUCCACAAAAAUGACCUGCGUUGAAAAGUUUCUUCAUGCGUCUUCAACAAAUGCACUGAAUAUUCUGCAACUGCAUCAAGUUGCAUGCUUUGAAUUGGUGCAUGCAAAGUAGGUAUAUUUGAGCUUGUGCCACUCUUUUUUUUUUGACAAUUAGCCAAUUAGCAAGCCAAUUAGCAUUAGGCUUGCUUCAUGAUGCAUAGAAUUCUAGUGCAUAGAAAGUGCACAAUGCAUUGAGUGCAUUCACAAGUUAUUGGAGCUUUGAUAUAGAAAUGUGGCUCUGGUUUGUCAGGCACUGAGACUAUUCACAGGCCAUACCUGCCAAUUGUGAAACAGAUUUGAGACUAUUGGUAAAAAACAGGAAACAAAUGAAGUUUCACAUUUGUCAGUCUGUGGCAUUCUUGGCAGCCUAGGUUGUUUUUUUGUGCGUGUGGGGAGGGGGAAGGGAAGGGGGGGGGGGGGUGAGUGCACCAGUUCUACCAUGAGCGCCUGUGCUAGACCGCUUUGCUGCGGCUUGCAAAGCAGAUAUCUGUUGUAUUUUCAACAGCAGCUGUCAUUUAUUUGCUCCUUGUUAGUGAACUAGCACGCAGAAAUAAAUAAAAAGGCAGUGUAGUGAUGCAGGUGUAGCUUUUGCAACUUGGCUUCUGCGCCUCCAAAGCCCUUGCGAGUUUGUGCUCCCCAUGAAGCUGUGAUGUUGAAAAGCGCUGCCAUUUUGCCUGUACUGCAUCUUCAUGGAGUAGAGCAUGUAGCCCUGCACUUGUCAAUGCUUUGUUCAUACAGCGCCUUGCAAAGGGCCUCUCGCAGCUUUGGAGGUUAGAGUCCGAGUGAAACCUGAAUGAUGUGCAGUGUGUGUUAGUUCAGUCCUCGUGUACAUUUUUUCAUGAAGCAGCGCCUCAUAGCAACGGUGCUGUCAACUUGAUAUAUCAAAGUGGCACCAAAGACAUAGUAGAGUCGAGUUUGGUAUACAAUAGGCAGUGACGCGUUGCCCACACACAUUUUUUCCCACGUGUGCUUUUCACUAGGAAUUUAGAGUUAGUCUCAAGUGUGUGUGUGCAUGUAUGCAGAUCUGCUUUGGUUAUGCUGGGACCCUAGAAGGCUCAGUGUGUGUUGUCCAUCAUUUGACUCUCUUGAGUCCAGGAUGCAUGCAUUGCCAUAGCCUUGGCUCAGCAAUGCACUCGCAUCCCACAGUGUCCAUAACUUUGGUGCCAGCCACCUUGAGACUUCCAGAGACCCAGCCUAACCAGAAGCUACCAGAGUCGCACAUGUGUGGAACUAGUAUGUGUGCCUGCCAAACUGUCCGCUGUGUGCGAAGCCUCUGGGUACAAAGCACAUCUCUCUGUGCGUGGUCGAUGGCACCAAGCCGACCUGCUUGUCCACGAGUGAGAGUUUGAAAUGUAUGCCGUACAUGUCGUCAGGAAUUGAAUAAAACACACUCGACAGGCCA